AUGGAGUCUGGUCGCCGGAAAACUCUUGUACCUUCUCUCUUAUUCUUACUAAUACUAAUCAUUUCAUUAUCAAAUCAAUCCUUGAUUCUGAACGCCACUAUUAUUACCAAAUGUCAUUUUCCAGCCAUUUUCAACUUCGGCGACUCUAACUCCGACACCGGUGGCUUGUCCGCCGCCUUCGGCCAGGCUCCUCCUCCCAAUGGGGAGACAUUCUUCCAUCGUCCGGCCGCUAGGUACUCCGACGGCCGUCUGCUCAUCGACUUUAUAGCACAGAGGGUGGGGUUAGCGUACCUUGGUGCAUAUUUAGAUGCUUUGGGUUCAAAUUUCACAGCAGGAGCCAACUUCGCGACUGGUGGUUCGACCAUUAGACCUCAAAAUACGAGUCGUCAUCAAAGUGGGUUGAGUCCCUUUUCUUUAAACGUUCAAUCUUAUCAAUUCAACGAUUUCCAUCUUAGGACUCAAAUUAUUCGCAAAGCGGAUGGGGUCUUUAAAGAAUUACUUCCAAAAACCGAAGCUUUUUCACAUGGUUUAUACACAUUUGAUAUUGGCCAAAACGAUUUGACGGGCGGUUUGUUACUAAACUUGUCGAUCGAUCAAGUUAAAGCAUCUGUUCCCGAUAUCCUAGGUCAAUUCAAAACUGUCGUUAAAGAUGUAUACGAUAAAGAAGGAGGAAGAUCCUUUUGGAUACACAAUACCGGCCCAAUUGGAUGUCUACCAUACGUAUUGGAACAUCUACCAAUUAGGGCCGGACAAAUGGACAUAAACGGAUGUGCUAAUCCGUUUAAUGAACUGGCCCAGUUCUUUAACCGUAGGUUGAAAGAGCUUGUGGGCCAGCUACGUAAAGAGCUUCCUGAGGCUGCAAUCACCUAUGUUGAUAUUUAUAAAGCGAGAUAUGCACUCAUUAGUCAAGCAAGCAAGUAUGGCUUCGACCAUCCUCUUAGAGCUUGUUGCGGCUAUGGUGGAAAGUAUAACUAUAAUACGCACAUUGGAUGUGGAGGGAAGGUCGAAAACAAAGGGAAAGAGAUUUUGGUGGGAAAAUCGUGUGAAGAUCCUUCAGUUAAGAUCAUUUGGGAUGGAAUACAUUACACGGAAGCAGCGAAUAAAUGGGUUUUUGAUCGAAUUGUGAACGGGUCGUUUUCUGACCCGUCGGUCCCAUUACAAAUGGCAUGCCAUAGAAAAUGAGACCAUAAUUGUACGGGCACAACUCCGGUAUUAUUAAGCUCUUUUUUAUUUGA